UCACCCAAUUUCAUGUUAAAAGUGAUUCGGUCGUAAGAGCCAGAUUAGAAAUUUGUAAAAUGUUGUUCAAAUUUUGCCGGAAGAAGAAACAUGAAACAAAACCUGGAGAAAUACUGGAUCAGGUCAUUUCACAGUCGUCAUCAACUGCCAAUCAGUGUCUGCUGUAUAAAUUGGCAAACUAUAAGAGAGGUGGUGACCUAAUAGACGCCUUUCAAACUGGCGGCCAGUUGGCCGUUGAAAAUCUCAUUCGAGAGCAAUUCGGUGUUUUCAUGUACAACAACGGCAAAGGCCAAAUGAUAAACCGCGCCGAAUAUCUGCGAUGGAAGUAUCGUGACAACAAAGAAGUUGUGAUUCCAAUAGAAGCAUCGCUAUCACCACACGAUCCGCUAGGGAAAUGGGUCGAUCAUAAAGCCGGAUGGCAGAUGCAAUAUCGUGGCUCGUUGGGCGAAAGUCUGUUGCAUGUGUUGAUCAUUUGUGACACGAAAGUGCACACUAAGUUGGCUAGGAUCCUGUUGCGAGUUUUCUCGAUAUUGGCCUUGGAUGUGAUGGAGGGUGAAGAAUAUUUGGGUGCUAGUGCUUUACAUUUGGCGAUUGCGUAUAGCAACAACGAAUUGGUACAAGAUUUAAUUGAAGCUGGUGCGAAUGUGAAUCAACGAGCAACGGGCAGUUUCUUCCUACCUCGCGAUCAACAAGGAUACAGACCGGCUAAAAAUACCGAUUAUGAAGGUCUUGCAUACUUGGGAGAAUAUCCAUUAGCGUGGGCAGCUUGCUGUGCCAACGAAAGUGUCUAUAAUUUAUUGCUAGACAGUGGUGCUGAUCCAGAUGCUCAGGACACAUUCGGCAACAUGAUUUUGCAUAUGGUUGUUGUUUGCGACAAACUCGACAUGUUCGGUUAUGCACUAAGACAUCCCAAGCUGCCAGCCAAGAAUGGCAUUAUAAAUGAUUCCGGUCUGACGCCAUUGACAUUGGCAUGUAAAUUGGGUCGUGCCGAAGUUUUCAGAGAGAUGUUGGAGUUGUCGUCUCGAGAGUUUUGGCGAUAUAGUAACAUAACAUGCUCGGGAUAUCCGUUAAACGCGUUGGACACGUUACUACCCGAUGGUAGAACUAAUUGGAAUUCGGCACUUUUCAUCAUUCUAAAUGGUACGAAAGAGGAACAUCUGGAUAUGCUGGACGGAGGUAUUAUUCAGCGUUUACUAGAAGAGAAAUGGAAAACAUUUGCCAGAAAUCAAUUUCUCAAACGUCUUCUGAUCUUAUUCAUUCACCUCUUCUUCCUAUCGAUUUCCAUGUAUCUGCGGCCUAUAACCGAAAAUUUAUCAUCGAAAGCACAAAAUGAGGAAGACGAUUUAUUGAACGCAGAGAGUACCAGUGAAAGUAACGAAGCAGCAGAGCAUGUCGACGAAAUGGAUAUUCAAGCGUAUAUUCGUUAUGGAAGCGAGGUGUGCACAUUGUUGGGAGUGUUGAGCUACGUUAUUUUCCAGCAAGGCGACGAAAUUAAAAAUCAAGGUCUAGCAGCCUUCACCAAACAACUUGUCCAUGCACCGGCCAAGGCAAUUUUCCUAAUCUCAAAUAUACUCAUCCUGGCAUGUAUUCCAUUCCGAAUGAUUGGAGACAAUGAUACAGAAGAAGCGAUUUUAGUGUUCGCUGUGCCGGGAAGUUGGUUUCUUCUAAUGUUUUUUGCAGGAGCUGUUCGACUCACCGGUCCAUUUGUGACAAUGAUUUAUUCUAUGAUCACUGGUGACAUGUUUACGUUCGGAAUAAUUUACUUAAUUGUGCUGUUCGGAUUCUCACAGGCUUUUUAUUUUUUGUACAAAGGACAUCCUCAAGUAAAAUCUAGCCUGUUCUACACUUAUCCCAGUACGUGGAUGGCACUAUUCCAAACAACACUGGGAGAUUAUAGUUAUUCAGAUCUAAACAACACUACCUACCCAAAUUUGGCUAAAACGGUUUUCGUAAUUUUUAUGAUAUUCGUGCCGAUUCUGUUACUGAACAUGUUAAUUGCGAUGAUGGGAAAUACGUAUGCCCAUGUCAUCGAACAAUCGGAAAAGGAAUGGAUGAAGCAGUGGGCCAAGAUUGUGGUAACCUUAGAACGUGCCGUAUCACAGACAGACGCUCAGAAGUAUUUGGAAGCGUACUCCAUUCCAUUGGGACCAUCCGAUGAUUCGGGCUAUGAAACGAGAGGCGUAAUGGUAAUUAAGAGCAAAAGUAAGACCAGAGCGAAACAGAGGAAGGGUGCUGUUAGCAAUUGGAAGAGAGUUGGUAGAGUAACUCUGAACGCUUUGUCGAAAAGAGGAUUAACCGGUGAAGAACUGAGACGAAUAAUGUGGGGACGUGCUUCAAUCAGCUCACCAACAAAGGAACCGAAGAAGAAGGUACGAGACCCGAAUGAUCCAUUUGGAGUCACUUCAGGCGGAGCACUUAGUUCAGCUGUAGAUGUAAUGUCGUUCGCUCAUGACAUCGUCAUGUGCAACGAUACCGUUAAUACAUCUCAAACGAAAGAUAUACAGAAUAGAAGCAGCGCCCAACAGAUCACCCAACCAUCGCUAAAAAAUGAAAUGGCUAUGUCUCAACCAAUGGCUACAGGAAAUGUUAAUCCAUCAAGCAAUCAACAGCAAAUGUCACAAGCAAAUACGACUAUGAUGGCCCAAAAUCACUUUCCGUGUACCCAAACGGUGGAAAAGGAUUACAAAGAUCCACUACGUGAACUGGUAUUAAUUUCGGAGGCGAUUUGCAUUAACGACACAGCUUAUUUGACGAAUGUUAAAUCGUUGGCAAAAGAAGCUACCGUCUUGGAACAUGUUAAGGAAGUUUUACCAGAACAAGCUGGCCAAAUGCCGGCCUCACCAGCACCAUUGCGACCACAUCCAAUUCCAGCUCCAACUGAAAUGCAAAACAUUUCAACGAUGUUCACCGACCCAAAAGACAUUGUGGAUCCAGUUAAAGAAAAGGAAUUUAUGCGAAAACUACAGGCUUUGGAGGAUACGGACAGCGAAUGUUUCGAUGAAAAACCAGUUCUCGGCAAGAUAUCGUUAAUUCGGCGCGCAAAGUCAGCAGUUUCGAGGACUGCUUCAGCGAAAAAGACCAACGACAAGCAUCCUCUCUUCCAUGUCGCCUGGGAAGAACAAAUAAAUUACGAUCAGAAGAAUGUACCAGCGAAGCAGCCGAAUGGUAUAACAAAUAUGGUUUUUAUGGAUGAUGCUACCGAGCAAGAUGAAAUUGUUACCAUUGAAGAAGUGAAACGACAAACAGAAUUAUUCCACCUACGAAAGGGCUCACCGUUGGAAGGUACAAAAAUAAUGGAUGAGAAAACGGGAAAGUAUGUAAAGGCCAGAAAAUCGAAGACAAGCAGGAACAAUAAAGUUUCUCCGACCGAUGAAACUGGUGAAACUAGAAAGCAUAAAAGAGGACGAUCGGCCAACUCAUCCAAAUUUCGAACCGAGUCACCCCCAGAUCCACUAGAAAAUUGGAGCACCAAAGAUUUAGCGAAUAUUAAUCAAAUUUUAAAGGAUAAUUAGAGUUUAUGUCGUAAAUGUAUACAUAGUACGGUUCAGUAAGCUGCAACGCAACUAGCACAUGAAAAGAAUAUUUUGAUGUGUCAAAACAACGCUCUUCAUUUAAUACCAUUAGUACCAGUAAUUAUAACUAUUGGUAUUAAUCACAACACCAGCAGAAAAAUAGCUGGAACAAAUUUAAGUCUAAAUUUUACUGACGUUACUGUAAUGGUAAUCGAGCGCUGUUUUGACACACCAAAUAUUCUUUUAAUGUGCUUGGUGCUUUGGUAAGUUGUAAUUAAAGACGCAGCAAAAAGUUCAACGGAAGCUUUGAUUAGAAACGAUGACCAUUU